AUGACGCACAUCCGGCGCGUCCGUGCACACGGUCCGUGUACACGGCCCGCGCCCGCAGCCAUGCCCGCCGGCGCUCCGUGGCCCACCUAUCUGCGGGCGCUAGCAGCCAGCAUGCUGGCCAUGUUCGCGGGGGCCGAGGUCGUGCACAGGUACUACAGGCCUGACCUUAGCAUACCUGAAAUACCUCCUAAGCCUGGAGAACUGAGAACUGAACUGUUGGGUCUAAAAGAAAGAUCAAGCGAAGUUCAGACUUCACAACAGUGACCAGAGUUUAUUUUUGUUGUGAAAACUAGAACCGAUAAAAUAUUUAUCCAACUGUUUAAGUUGCAGAAAUACAUAUGUGAAAUGCUGUGCUCCUGUCAUGUUUCUUUGCUUUCCUUUGAGCAGAGUUGCAGGCAGCAUUAAAAAUAAACCUACAGUGAAUGCUGUUGGUAAAAGUCUCA